AUGAGGAGCGGCCGCUGGCGCCUCGUCCUGCCGCUGGCCACGGCCUUGCUGCCAGCCGCUGCCGUCGCGGCGGGCGCGCCGCUGCGGCGCCCGCGUCCGCUGCUGCUGCAGGAUGAUGCCUCGCGCCAGAAUGUCUCGCAGCUGCUGAUCGACUGCGAGCACGAGGUGCACGACCUGAGGCAGCUGCUGCAGGCCUGCCAGGACUCGAGUAGGGGAUCGACUGCAGCAUCGAUUUGUCCCAGAGUUGAUGUCCCCGUCGAGGCCACGGAACAAAGCACGCAGAGUCUCACGUUCAUCCACGAGCAGCCUUCGCAGUUUGGCCGAUCCCCUGCUCGUGAGGACAACCUGACCGCGCAGGAAGCGCGCUACGCGGCGGCGCUCGGGGGCGCCGAGGGCGCCGAGCACUUCGUGGCGGCCCGCGGGGCCGCCGACGCGCUGCAGGCGGAGGUCGCCCAGAGGCGGGCGCAGCUGGCGCAGGUCGAGCACGAGCUCGAGGCCCUGAGCGCACAGCUCCUCGACGCCGCCUCCGCCGCGAGGCGCCUGGCUGCGCGCGCCUCGCUGCUGCACGCCGGCGCCCGGCGCAGCCUGCGCUCGGCGGCUCGCGCGAGCUGGCAGGGCCGGGACUGGAUCGACGACGUGUUCGCGGACCGCAUGGUGCGCGGCGGCGGCGGCGGGCGCAUCGGUCGCGGACGGGGGAUCACGGUCCGCCACGGUGUCGCGCUGGCGUCCGUUGCGACGCUGAGCGAGGCCGCGAAGCUCACGUUGCUCCUGCAGGCGGGUGUCGCCGGCGCAGGGGCGAGGGAGCGAGCUGCGGCCAGGGCGGCUCCGCAGGCGAACGUGACGGAGAUGGAAGGCCACCGCCCAGCCUUCGGCAACCGCGCGUGGUUGCUGCAGGGGGUGGCGGCCGAGAUUCUGGCAAGGUUUGGCCGGGCGACACUGGCGGCGAGAUCGCGCAGCCUGCGCACUCGCGGCAAGCGGCCUGCGACUGAGCUGGCUACCCUCAACAGCGUCAAGUCCUGGUUGGCGUGCGGGGCAGAGGAUUGUGUUGACGUGGACUCUGGCGAGCAGUUUGGACCGCAGCAGGCGGACGAGAAACAGCUCGAGGAGAGCACCACGGACGACAAGUACUCUAUGAAGGGGGGGACCGCAGCGCACGGCCAGCACCCCGUGACGAACGAGCUUGAAAACCAGCUCAAAGCAGCACUCCACGAGGUGGCGGUGCUGACGGCGAAAUUGGGCGAGGGAAUCGGUGCAGCGCAGGCCUGGAAGGACCAGCAGGUGCGGGCGGCCGCCGCCUGUUCCGUGGAGGUUCAUCAGGUCGAGGAGAUGCGGGCCGACAAGGAUGGGGCAACCCACAUGGGCGAGCCUCUCAAGCGUUUCGUGGAGAAGCAGGUCAUGGAGAACAUGGCGGAGGGCGAGGUCGAGGCCGAGGUAGACGCUUUCCCAGAGGAGGCGAAGGACUACGCGUUGCGCUUGCCCCAGGCAGUCGAGGAUUCCCAUGAGGCCCAACGGGUCGAGGACCAAGUGGCCAUGGACCAGGCCUUCGAGCUGGCGGAGAGCAGGGUCACGCAGUGCCGCGAGCAUGGCGUGGAAUUCGGCCCUAUCGUGGCGCCUGUGCGCUGGAAGAGGGCCCGGAUCGUUAAGAUAGUGGCGGAGGCCUCUCGCCUUGCGUCGCGCGUGGCGACGCGCAGCGUCAUCACCGCCGGCGCGGAGAGCGCCGCGGGCAUCGCCGAGCAGCAGCUCGCCAUCCUCGGCUCCCAGCUCGCGGCCGCCGAGGGCAGGCGCGACCGCCUCAGAGAGCGCCUGCAGGCGCUCAGCGAAGCCGUGGCGUCGUAG